AUGGCUUCAGCACGGAAUGCGAACCACGCAAGCAACGCUCUAAGCCUCAAGCACGCGUCCCUCCCGUAUUACGAUCUUUGUUUUUACUCAACGGGACAAGCAGACAAUUUUGGUGCCCUGAGCUCGUCACCCCCAGGGCCAGACAACGCAGCUGCGCUGGUUGCAGAGGCCGUUGUCGCCGCUGGCGGGAGAGGGGAGCGCGGGUCUGGAAAAUCAGAACACACAUGUUGUUGGAUUGCUCCCUCCCGCCUCCUGUCGAACCCCCUAGAGCCGCCCGCGCAGCCUGUCAAACGCUUUGCAGCGCCGCCGCCCCGCGACGCAGCUCCUCCCGUGUGCCGUGACCCGCGGCGUCUCCCAUACAAGUAG